GAUUGAUUUUCCUCAUUAUUUUAUGCUCCCAAUCUUCCUCUUUCCCCUCCAUUUGUAUGAUUCGGGGUGUUGCAGAAAGCUUAGCCCCGAAGGUUUGGACUGCAAGCUCAGCCCAGCUCCAGUGCUCCAGUUGUUCAGCUUCUUGCCUUUUCUUUUUCUCUCCUUAAAUCUUUUCCCUUCUUAGCUAAAUUUUGAGAAUCGAAAACCCUGAUGUCUCUCUGUUGCUUGCCUCUCUUGCGUUUCGAUCCAUUGUAAAAUUUUAGGGGUUGUUGAUCUCAUUCUGGCGAUGUUCUGAUCUAGUCACUUGUUUGCUGCUUCUUUGAUUCUAUUCAUAGACGUGUCAUUUCUUUGCGGAAGCAUCUGAGACUUUGGAUGCGUCGUUUGAAUUUGGGUUCUGAGUUCUUCUUUACGUUUUUGGUUUCCUGUAUGCUUCUUCCAUCAGACGUUUUCUUAUUAAUCCACUUUUUUUUUUCAUGUUUUCUAGCCCUAGGACCACCCCAAAACUAAUUGUUUGACGAUUCUGACUGCAAAGUGUUGGUUUCUUUGAUUUUUUUUUUUUUUUUUAUCGAGAUUUCAAGCCGAUUACCAUUCCGAUGAAUUGUUAACUUCAAUCUUGGUUUGGUGUCAAGGUUUUGUUCUUUUACAGCAGGAGAGUUUCUACGGUUUAGGCAGCCAUAUAAGUAAGAAGGGAGAAGUGCAGGCAUUGUAUGGCAGAUCUUAAUCGUGCCUUUUCUAUGGAGGAGCUCCCUGCGCAUUUGAUUUAUGAGAUUUUGAGUUCAGGUCGUCUCAGCUCUGCAGAUCUUGCAUGCGUGGAGGCAACAUGCCGAAUUUUCAGGGGAAGUCAUGGGGCUUGUCCUGAUACAUUCCGUUCUAUGAUUGAAUUUGCUGCAUUUCAUCUCUGUGAAAAGCACCUGAUAUUUGCUUCUCUGCCUCAAUCCGCAAAGAAGGAUCUUGUUGAUCGCUGUGGUGGGAAUUGGAAGAAGGUUCUAAGAUUCUUGCAAUCAGUGGAGCAAUCUUCAGGCACCGCCAAGACAUCAGCAGGCAAUAUGCAAAUAACCACUGGAAGAUAUCAUACGCUCCUGAUUCAUGAUUCUUUUGUUUACUCAUGUGGAUCUAGUUUGUGUGGUGUGCUCGGUCAUGGUCAAGAUACAACACAGUGUGUGGCAUUUAGCCGCAUCAAUAUUCCUUCGCUCUCUCGUGUCAUCCACAUGUCUGCAUCUCAUAACCAUGCUGCCUUUGUCGUGGAGUCAGGAGAGGUUUUCACCUGUGGUGAUAAUUCGUCAUUUUGCUGUGGUCAUGGAGAAGUUCGACGGGCAAUUUUCAGGCCUACUCUCAUUGAAGCUCUAAGGGGGAUACCAUGCAAACAGGUUGCCACUGGUCUGAGUUUCACUGUAAUUCUUACCAAGGAAGGUGAUGUAUUCACUUGUGGAAGCAACACCCAUGGACAGCUUGGUCAUGGAGACAAUCUCGACCGUCCCAUUCCUACAAAAGUUGAAUCGCUCGAGGGUGUUGGCCAUGUUGAUCAGGUUGCUACUGGUGCGAGUUACACCUUCGCCUUAACUAAUGAUGGGACUGUUUAUUCGUUUGGUUCAUGCUCGAAUUUCUGCCUUGGUCAUGGAGAUCAGCACGAUGAGCUUCUUCCCAGAGCGAUUAAAUGGUUUAAGACUAAUAAUAUUCAUGUAGUGCGAGUAUCUGCUGGUGAUGAACAUGCUGUGGCACUAGAUUCCAACGGAUAUGUUUAUACAUGGGGUAGAGGAUAUUGUGGAGCUCUUGGACAUGGAGAUGAGAAUGAUAAAACUAGUCCUGAACUGUUGAACAGCCUAAAAAACCAUCUUGCUGUCCAGGUUUGUGCGAGGAAGAGAAAGACCUUCGUUCUAACAGACGAAGGCUCUGUUUUAGCCUUUGGAUGGAUGGGAUUUGGCAGCCUCGGCUUCUCCGACCGCGGAUGUUCGGACAAAGUCUUGCAGCCUCGAAUCCUCGAUAAUCUCAAGUCUCAUUAUGUCUCCCAAAUCAGCACCGGACUCUAUCACACUGUUGCCGUAACAAAUAAAGGUUUGGUUUUUGGGUUCGGAGAUAACGAGAGAGCCCAACUCGGCCUUGAAUGGCUAAGGGGAUGCCUAAAUCCAACCGAAAUUAUGUUGCAGACAACCAUGGAAGAUAUGUCAAUAGCAGCACAGAGUGGAUGAUGAUUAACUUUUAACUCUCAUGAGGUUAGCAGGCCUCAGUUGUGUUAGAAUAAUGAAUUUGUUUGUCGCAGUAAAGGUUGUAAAAGUAAAAUUUCAUUUGUUCAUAAUUUGCCUUUUAUCAGGUUUUUAUCUUGAAAGAA